AUGACCGACGUCUCUCAGCUCCCCAUCCCUGGAGGUUUCGAUCCACUCUCCGAAGGGAUUACGACUCUCGACGAGAACACCCAGGCAAAUGAGUCGAGCAAGCAGCUGAAGGGAUCUUCCGAGGAGUACAUUCACAUUCGCGUCCAGCAGCGCAAUGGCAGGAAGAGUCUGACGACCAUUCAGGGACUCGCGACUCAAUACGACAAGAAGAAGAUCCUCAAGGCCCUGCGCAAGGACUUUUGCUGCAACGGUGCCAUCAUUGAGGACCCCAAGUACGGCCAGGUGAUCCAGCUCCAGGGCGACCAGCGCAAGAACGUGGCCACGUUCCUCGUGGACACCAAGAUCACCAAGAAGGACAUGAUCAAGAUCCACGGGUUCUAA